CGGUUGGGGGGCGCCCCGCGGCUGAGGGGCCGCGCUGGGGCGGGGCGGGGCGGGGCGGCUCCCUGAGGGGAGCGGGGAAGGCGCGGCCGCCCCCGCCGGCUCCGGGCAGCGGCGAUGUUUAACCGGGCCGUCAGCCGGCUCAGCAGGAAGCGCCCGCCGUCAGAGAUAAAUGAUGGCGAGUGUCACCCAAGCAGCAGCCACCAGACCUUGAAAGGAACCUCAAAAUGGGCUACGUCACUGGAGAACCUCCUGGAAGAUCCAGAAGGAGUGAAACGAUUUAGGGAAUUUUUAAAGAAAGAAUUUAGUGAAGAAAACGUUUUGUUCUGGCUAGCAUGUGAAGAAUUUAAGAAAACACAGGGAACAAAACAGAUGCAAGAAAAAGCAAAAGAAAUCUACAUGACUUUCCUGUCCAGUAAAGCUUCCUCCCAAGUCAAUGUUGAAGGGCAGUCCCGGUUGAAUGAGACCAUUUUGGAGACACCUCACCCCCUCAUGUUUCAGAAGCUCCAGGAUCAGAUAUUCAAUCUCAUGAAAUACGACAGCUACAGCCGCUUCUUAAAAUCAGACAUAUUCCUAAACCAUAAGAAGUCUGAGGAGCAAGAGGAGAAUUCACCAGAGGCUCAGACUGCAGCUAAAAGAGCAUCAAGAAUUUACAACACAUGAUACAAUCAAUCUCUCCAGGAGAGGCAAUACAGUAACUAAAUUACACUCAGGAACAGUCUAGGUUUAUAGCAGUUGCAUUUAGGGCUUGAAAAGCUCAAAACCUUUUUUAGGAGAUACUUACCUUCUUAAUUGCUUGAAUGACUAAUUGUUUUUGCAUGAUAGCUAAUAACAAAGCACCCGUGGAAAGACUGUUUCCUAGCUUGAAGGCUGAGGUAUGAAUUGCAUAUUUCACAAGUUAAAAUGCUUUCAGUUUUUGUAUUUUCUUUUGAGAGGCAUCAUCAUGAUGAGAAAUGGGAGAUAGGGUGUUGGGUUUUUUAAUUUUAAUUUGCCUUGUAAUUUUCGUUUGUGACCAGCUUCCACAACCUGGGUUGCUGGGAGAAGCUAUUGAGGAGUAUGUUUCAUGUUACUUUGUGGAUGGGUCAUCGGUACAAACUGAAUCAUGAAGGGACAGCAUCUUUUCAGGGUUAAACUCAAUAGAAUCCAAUCCCUUCCUAUGGAACUUUGUUCUUUCAAGAUAAUUUCUUUUUUGCUUUGCCUUUGUUAUUGUGUCAAAACACUUCUCUAGCCAUGAUUUUCAUUUCUGUAUCUCUUAAAUUUCCCCUAUUUUUUUUUGCAGUAGACAAUCACUUUCUUCAGAGUAUGGAAUAACCUGUAUUCCCUUGGGAACAAAAGCUCUAAGAUGAGAGAAUCUCUGAAGAACAGCCAUUAGGAAACCUGAUGUUAAUAUCUCUCUCUGGGCACGCUGAUUUUGGCAAAGCUUGACUAGGGCUUGUCCUGCCUGUCAGGGUAACAUCAGGGUCAGAUACCGGUAUUGGGAAGCAUCUGGUCUUCCCUGUGUCUCCUGAGGGAUCCUGCUCUGUGUGGCAUGAAUAUUUCGACGAAGAACCAACCAACAAAGUCUUUUGCAUUGCUAAAAUCUUUCUACUAAAAUCAUCCUGCCUAAUUUUGUUUGCCCAAGAGAAGUAUUUCAGGGUUUCCUAAUGGUAACUUUUGAUAGCUGCAGUGGAACGGGAGGUUGAUGUUGUGUUUUAGCCAUUCUCAUGUUAAGCUUGAGAGGAAGGGGGUUUUAUUUCUGCCCAGAGCAAUAAAGAUGAAAUGUCAGGGUGAUAAAGGAAGACGCUCCCAAUGAGCCUCUCAUAUCAUCCUGGGACUACGUCAGAGCUGAAAAGCACAUUUUGGCAUACAAUUUUUCCUGUGUUCAUAUGUUUUUGAAUUCUCUGCAACAUUACUAAAUUACAGUUUAAACUGGGAAGGCAUAUUAGCUACAUGCUCUGUUUACAAGCUUUGCAGCUUCUGCUGUUUCACAUUAUCUCGUUGUUUACUCUUUCAUUUUUUAGAUGGCUUUUCUUGAACUUUUGUUGAUGUGCUGGCUAACCUAAAUGCACAGUUAGCUUUUGGUUGCUUUAUAGUUCCUUUUGUGGAGAAGGCCAGAUAUCUUUUAUACAUUACUGUCACUAUCGAUGUUUAAAACUAGGUCUAGGUUGUCAUUGCAAACUCCCUUGGUAGACUUGAUUAUUUCUUUAACUCUGAGCCACUCUUGCAGGUAAUGUGUAAAGAAAACAGUUUCCAUGGGCUCUUCCCUAGUUAGAUGUAAGAGCAGGAACAGGAGUUCAGAUUCUCCCCACAGAGCUAAAUGGCCUGUUCAUUUUUAGGAAAUCAAAGGGGAGGUCAGUGCCUCAAUAUGCGUGUUUUUAAAAGUAAUUCUUAGGCACUGAGCAUUCUCUAAAGAUCUAAUGGUGAAGUCAUCCUUUCAGUGGUAUUUGACCUCAUGCUUAAGUUGCAUUUCAGUGUUUUACUGGAUAGGAACGAAGUGAGCACGUGUGUGAACCCUUUUGUCAUGAUGGGUCCUAUGAGAUGAGACCAUCCAGUUCUGGAUUUGGCAACUGUUUGUAAUCUCAGAAUUACCUCUUUUGAAACUUCACUGUAAUAACGAACUCGUAACACCUGCCGCAGCAGAGGAUGGAACUUGUGAUACUUCUGAAGUCCUUGGGAGUGGGCAGCUUGAACAUAUUUAGGAGUUGGGAUUUGUCUCUUCCCAGUAAUUGCAGCUGAAGUCUUAGUGAUAGUGAAAAAUCCAGGAUGGGAACCUUCAUGAAAGAAAUGCAGAAUGAGCUCUCACCACAUUCAUCAUAUGGAUGCACAGUAGAUUCAUUUUUAAUCAUAUUGAUUUUAAAAAUGCAUGAGUAAGGGAGCAGAGUCUUUGACUAUCAUGUUUUAAAAUAAUGAUACUAGUAAAAAAUAAAACCAGAAUACUCAUUUGUAGCUGCUUAUAAACAACAUUUUCCUUGGCAUUAUGCUCCUCAUCAGGCACUGUACUAUUUGCUUGUUAAGAGCAAAUGCCCCGUAGGAGUAGACACAAAGGUGCUUUUUACGCUACUGCCAACCAAAAGAUACUCAAAUGGAAACGUGUUUCUUAUCAGCAUCUCAGUGCCUGUGAUGUUUAUUUCAAUACCUGUGAUAUUUCUAAGAUAAUAUAUCUAAAUCCACAACAUCUUAACCUUUGACUUGCUCUUUUGCCUUACCAGUAAAGAACUCGUUGUCCCACUCCCUGUCUCAUUUGUGGUGUUUGGUUUUGGUUUGUUUUUUAGAAGAAAACCAACAACUAGACUUGUAAGGUGCAGAAAUAAAAGGUUUUUUUCCUAUCCAUUAGAUUAUCUGUAUUUUCCAGUCAAAGAGCAAAGUAAAACCAUGCAAGCAGAGGUUUGUCAUUGCAGCAUGUAUGUAUGUGGAGAGGGUUAUUUUGCUUCUGUUGAUGUUAUCACUGAUCAAACUUAGUUUGUGAAAUAUAUGACAUUUUUCUAUGUGGCAUAGAACAAAUGUGCACAGACAGAAGAACUGAAUUUCCCUGUAAGUAAAUCCUGCAUCCCAGGAACAACUGCAAACAUUGCAUUGAACCUCAGGCUUUCAGUGGGUACGUGGAGCUGCUUUGCAUAGACGUUAAGAUGGGAUCUGCUCCUUUUUGUAGAAAUUAGGCUGAAGGUGUGAGCACAAAAGGCAAGCAAGAGAAGUUUGAUGCCUGAUUGCCUGCCUUAAACUCUGUCCUGUUGUGUGUUUCUCAGCUGAAAAUUAAAAUAUUCUGCAAAUACACCCAA